GGAGGAGGGAAGGGCUUCCAGGUAGAGAAUCCUGCCCUGGGGUGUUGAAAAGCGAGUUAACCUGGUGCGAGGCCUUCGGGAAAGAAGAAGGUGCAGAUAGUCAUGGCAAGCACAGGUGUGCAUUGGGAUCGUGGUGAUGUGGAUCAUAUACAACUACUGGUUCCUUUACAUCCCAUAUCUGACCUGGCUCUACAUUGACUGGCGAACCCCAGAGCAAGGAGGCAGGAGAUCCAACUGGGUCAGAAACUGGACUGUGUGGAGGUAUUUUAAGGACUAUUUCCCAAUUCAUCUCAUCAAAACCCAGGAGCUGGAUCCAAGGCACAAUUAUAUAUUCGGAUUUCACCCUCAUGGAAUAUUUGUACCCGGAGCCUUUGGAAAUUUUUGCACAAAUUGCUCAGACUUCAAGAAGCUGUUUCCUGGUUUUACGGCAUAUCUGCAUGUGAUCUCGUGCUGGUUCCGGUGCCCGCUCUUCCGAGAAUAUUUGUUGAGCUUGGGGUCGGUUUCUGUUUCUAAGAAGAGCAUAUCCCAUGUAUUGAGCGAGGACAGAGGUGGGAACAUUUCUGUCAUUGUCCUUGGGGGUGCAAAGGAGACACUGGAGGCCCACCCAGGAACCUAUAACCUAUAUAUCCGCCAGCGCAAAGGAUUUGUUAAGAUUGCCUUGACUCAUGGGGCCAGUUUGGUCCCAGUGUUUUCUUUUGGUGAAAAUGAACUUUUUGAACAAGUUAGCAACCCUGAAGGCUCGUGGCUUCGAACCGCACAAGAUAGACUGCAGAAAUUAACGGGGUUUGCCUUGCCACUGUUCUAUGGCAGAGGAAUUUUCCAGUACAACUUUGGUAUAAUGCCCUAUCGGAAACCGAUCCACGCCAUUG